CCUAGUCAGAUUCAUGACCUACUGUGGAAAGACCGGGACUCUCCAACACAGAGAGGGGGGGGGACUUUGUGACAAAGUCUAAUUUUGACCUGGGUGACCUGUCACAUUAAUAAACCUGUAACUUUUCAUGUACCAGUGUUUCUUUUUCUUACAUGUCUAGAAACACAGCCUGGCAGCCCGAUGGUCAGUCUACUGUGUGUUUUUGCAAUAGAUUGGCCCCUCUUCUGAUGGACUAUUCCAUUUCGCAUCUGAAAAAUCAGAUAGUUGGAAAAGAAUUCUUCAUGUCAGGGUCCGCCACAGCAGGGAUAAUAGCAGACGACACCUGACCUGAGAUAAACAAAUGGAUCAUCCGGAGCUGAAAGAACCCAUGAAUAAUGUCACGCUCAUUAAAGAUGAGCUCACCCGAUCCAACAUGGGCACAAGUGACUCAGAGAAAGUCAUCAUGCAUCUGAAUGAAGAGCUUCGUGAGGCACAGGAGGUCUCCAACACAGGGAAACUUAAAUGCAUGGAAUUGCAAGGUCUCCUGGAGGAGGAGAGGAGAGCCAACAAGCAACAAGCUGACGAGUCUGCGAAACAGAUUAAAGUCUUACAGGGCCAGCUGCGACAGCUACAGGACGAGCUGGGGGACCUCAGAGACCAGAAAGACAGCGUCACCCGGAGGUCACAGGAGGAAAUGCGUGGAGCUCAAGAAGAAGUCAAGAUGCUGCGUCACGCCCUGGAGGCUGCCUCUGCCGAUCAGGAGCGAGAGAUCGCUGCUGUCCAGGGUAACCUAGCAACCGUCUCCAAGGAGAUGGAGAAGUGGCGACAGACAGCCAGCAAGUAUGAACGCGAGAUCAACGGUCUACAAGGUGACCUACAACUGCAGAGCAAGCAGUGGCAAAAGGCUGCAGAGUCACAAGCAGGUGAACUGGAGUCUAUGCAGAGGGAGUGUGCUGGUCUUCAGAGAGAGGCAUUGGCCCUGCGCUCAGAGAAACAGGACAUGCUGAAUAAACACCAGAAGGAGUGUGCUGCCCUCAGGGCAGAGAAGGAGGAACUGCUCCGGGCUCACCAGAAGGAGAAGGGAAACCUACAAAAUGAGAGUGCUGUCAUGCGUUCAGAAAAAGAGGCAAUGCUGAAGAAGAAAAAGGAACUUGAGAAUGAUCUGGCCAGCUCACGUGCCCAAGCUGCGGAGCUGAGCAGCAGUCUCCAGUCCCUGGAGCGUCAACAGGGGGAGAUGGAAAAGAGGUUGGCGGCCCUGCAGGAGCAGCACCAGCAAGACAACAACAAGCUCCAGAAUCAGCUGGACCAGUCAGACAGCCGCACCAAGGACCUGCAGAGAGAGUAUGAGGAGACCCAGGCCGAGCUGUCAGACCUUAAGGAGAAGUUUGAAAGGACCGAGCAGGAAAAGCAGUCAAUUACUGAUGAGCUCGAGGAGUGUAAAGCUGACUUGAUGGUGCUGAGGGAGAAAGGAAACAAAACUUCCCUAUUGCUGCCUGUCCAAGCCAUACUCAUCGGCCUUUUCCUGGCUUUGCUGUAUUGGUGCUUCGGCGCAUUGUGGUAGAAAGAGUGGAUGGAUCGUCUGGGUGCCUCAUGCAGUUGCACUGGUAGCGACUAUGACGGCUGUCGUGCUCUACGCCAGGAUCUGAGUCUAUCACACACUCACACUACACCUAUACAAAUAUGUACACAUAGGUAUAUGUAUAUUGCCAGUGCGCUAAAUGUACACUAAACCUCUAAAAAACAUUGCCUAAACCUUUCAGUGUUUUACUGAUGUGCAGACGUUUUAGUAAGCAGAGCGCUUUGGUUAAUACUAAUACAGUUUAACUGAUAUAUUUUAGAGAGAAAUGAGAAAGUGAAUGUCAAAUACUGUUCUAUCUUCCUAAAGGUAUAAUUUCAAGAACUUAGCAUUUUUUUAUGUUUAUGUUUUACAUUUAGGACAUCAAAAAUGAAUGUAAAUAUUCCGUCCACUCUGUAGUUAGCACCAAUAAUAUAUACUUGGAUAUUAUUAAGACUUUCUGUCCAACUGCCAUGAACCUCUUUCUUUGUGUUAUAGUCAUGUAAAAUACAUCUCAAUUCGAUAGAAUAAAUUCACUUAAAACGUAACCCUAUUGCUUAGCAACACAUAGGCUAUGUUUGGAAAUAUGGUAAAUUUACUCAGAUAAUUUGCAUACACUCUCUCAUUUUUGUGAUGAGAGAGGAACGGAAGAACACUCAGAGUUGAAGUUAGAAAUGAUUCUCUCAAUUUAAUUUUAUAGGCCUACAUCCUGUUUGCAUGCAUUUCAAAGAUCAAAGAUCAACCCAGUUCACUUCACCACAAAAUGUUCUGUAGUUCAAGCAUAGCCUUUAACAAUGUAAAUAAUUGUGCAAAAUAUAUUGAAUUUUGUAAAGAUAGGAAACGUGAUGGCUUAACAUAGUUUAAGUUCUAAGUUGAACAGUUUGGUUUAAAAAUGUACUCUGUCUGUGACCUCAAAUAAAUAAUAUAUAUCACAUA